AUGACGCAGCUGUCAGUUACUGUCAUGGACGUGUUUACACCGGCUUAUUAAUUGUUCGAAGAAUAUGUGAAUUGAUUAUGUUUAAUUAAAAGUAAGGAUUGGUUUAAAAAUUAUUGAUUAGAUAUGUGUAAUUAAGUUUUUGAUUAUAUAUAUAUAUUGAGAUCAUUACAAUGAAAUGGUAAAAAGCAAUCCACAGAGCGAAUCAUUAUUUCUCAUAUCGUUUUAUAAUAUUGGAAUUAAUGUGUGGCCAGAUAGAAAUAUUUUAUCAUUAACAGAAUGUCAGGACUAGUUCAGUAUGUCGUAGUAAGGGGAGACCUUUCCAAGACUCUGGGAUGGCCGAUGGGUGCUAUAAUAGCUCAAGCGUGUCACGCAUGCACAGCUGUUAUUCAUUUAUUUUACAACGAUAGUAAUACGCAAGCUUACCUCGCAGAUUUGGAUUCAAUGCAUAAAGUUGUUCUUGAAGCAUCUGACGAGGCCGGUUUACAUACUUUGUGUUCCAAACUGAAGGAGGACGACAUCCAUCAUAAGCUGUGGAUAGAACAGCCGGAAAAUAUUCCAACUUGUCUGGUAACAAAACCUUAUCCUAAGAAUGAAGUGCAAUCGUAUUUCAAAAAGUACAAAUUGCUUAAGCUUUGAUAAUGACAAUCAUUGUAACCAUUAAUAAUAAAUAUUUAAUCGGUACAAAACUAAGUUUAUAUAAUACACUGUCGUAGACUUAUAAGCGAUAAUUAACAACAAAAUUCUUAUACUCCAAGUAAUGAAAAAAAGAGAUUCAUUCUUUUAAUCUUCAUUUUUUGAGUACGGGUAUUAUUAUAUGUUCAUAUAUAUAUAUAUAUAAUUUUUGUUUUCUCUAUAUUAGGUUAUUCGCUUGUUCAUGCGAAUCAAAGGAAGAUCGAGACAUUUCAAAGCGGACGGGUAAAAUCGUAGUCCAAUUAAUAUCCGCAUUUAUUGUGUUUAUCUUCGUCGUAGAAGCAGUCUGUUGUAUCCCAUCAAAACAUCAAACGGAAUUAUAAUUCGGACUACUACCACGCAGAGAGCACGGUUUAUUCUUUUUCUUUUUUUUUUUCUUUUUUUUUUUAUAAAUCUGCACGAAUCUAGUUAACGAUUGGCAGAAUAUAUAUUCCGAGAUUACAUAUACACUUAAUUUAAUUUAAUUUAAUUUAAUUUCUUUCUUUCUUUUUUAUCUUUUUUCUUCUUUUUUCUCUCUUUUUUUUUUUUCUUCUUCUUUAAUAAUUAAUCGCUAAUAUUGACAAUGUGUACAGAUAAACUUCGUUCGUUUUUAAAAACUAGCGCGACUAUUUAAAUACUCUCUUCUCUGGUCGACGAUAUAAAGCGGAGGCCGCACGGCGACGCUCUUUCGAUUUGCGUGCGCGACUAUGAUAAUAAAAUUCGUAUAAAAAUCUGACAUAAUCUCUUUUUUUUUUUUUUCUUCUUCUUCUUUUUCUCUUUGUAUUUUUUUUCUUCUCUCGUAGUAUCAGCGAAGAGUCGGAAGAAUUUGUCAAUAAAAAUAUCAUUUCAAAUUAAUCGUAUUAUUACAUUUAUAUUCGCACAAAAUUGAUAUAGAAUUUAAUUAGAUAAAUCGAUAAAAUAAAAAUUAAUAAUAAAUACGCAGGACAAAAUACUUUUACAGGAUUUUCAACGUAUAAUUCGUUGUUACAAAUAAAAUUAACUCUCUUUUUUUUUUUUCUUUUCCUUUUGUUAUUGAAAGUACCGCGUAGCCCGAUCGCAUAUGUGAUUAUUGCAGUAUUCAAAUUCUAUUGCAUAUCCUUGAGCGUAUUUUCCUGGACACAA